UAGAAGAAGACGAAUUAUUUAAUAUGUCAAAUGUCGAUUUCUUUCAUGUUCUUUUUUCUCCCGUUCAAGAUUUGAGAAGUUGCAGUUUUUUCGUAAAAUAGUGCGAGGAAAAUGUCGUCACAUUUGGUUUGGGGAAUUAUCCGCAAUAACAAUGCUUUUCUUUUAAAAAAGAGGAACAUUUCAAAGCCUUUUAGCACAGAACCUAACAAUUUGACAAAUUUAAGCUCAUACAGAUACAAUGGUCUUAUUCAUAAAAAGUCUGUAGGAGUCGUGGAUGCUCCCGAUAAAAAGGGCUUCACUGUAGUCUACAAGAAAGCAAGUAAGCAGAAUAAGCCUAGACAGAACAAUGUCAAAAGAACUAUGAAAGCUGGUCCAAGAAGGUCACUGUACAAGCUGAAACGUCUUUUGAAUGCAAACAAAUAUCGUACAGAUCUCACCAAGGCGGCACUCCGAAGAGCCAGUGCUGUUCUCCGAUCCCAGAAGCCUUUGCCAGCUAAAAAACAAAAGGCCAAGAAAACUGAAUAAGUUGUAAGGAAUAAAAUGAUAUAAUAAAAAUUGAUUUUUUGUCAUCA